AGAAAGGUAAAUGACCAACAUAUCCUCCCCGUAUUGAAAUUUCAUUUAGGGUUCUACGCAAGACGGAACUCCGCAAAUUCGAAAAAGCUUUCGCACCCAAAUCCCCAGUCCUCACCAAUAUCUCCUCCACUGUCCUCUCUCGCCGGCCGGUUGUUACCCCAGUCACCACCAGUUGGCCGUCAUUCAACUCGCCGGCUCUUCUCCUCACGGCUGAAGUAGAGAGCAAGUUCUUGUCGAGUCGCCGGCCAUGGGGAAUUCAGGAAAGGAGGCCGAUGCAUCUCUCGGCUACCUCACCAGGAAGGACACGGAGGUAAAGCUUCCUCGUCCUACUCGGGUCAAGAACAAGACCCCAGCUCCGAUUCAAAUCACUGCGGAGCAGAUUCUUCGGGAGGCACGCGAGCGGCAGGAAGCCGAAAUCCGCCCUCCCAAGCAGAAAAUUACCGACACCGGUGAGCUUGCGGAUUACCGUCUUCGCAAAAGGAAGGAGUACGAGGACCUGAUUCGGCGGGUCAGGUGGAACAUCAGUGUUUGGGUCAAGUAUGCUCAGUGGGAGGAGUCGCAAAAGGAUUUCAGCCGAGCUCGCUCGGUCUGGGAGCGAGCUCUCGAAGUUGACUACCGUAACCACACGCUGUGGCUGAAGUAUGCGGAUUUCGAGAUGAAGAACAAGUUCGUCAAUCAUGCGAGGAAUGUUUGGGAUAGGGCAGUCAGUCUUUUGCCGAGAGUGGAUCAGCUAUGGUAUAAGUAUAUACAUAUGGAGGAAAUGCUUGGUAAUGUAGCUGGUGCGCGCCAGAUCUUCGAGAGGUGGAUGAAUUGGAUGCCUGACCAGCAAGGUUGGCUUUCCUUUAUCAAAUUCGAGCUUAGGUAUAACGAGAUUGAGCGUGCUCGAGGAAUUUACGAGAGAUUUGUUGAGUGCCAUCCGAAGGUUACUGCUUGGAUUAGGUUUGCCAAGUUUGAGAUGAAGAAUGGUGACAUUGCUAGGGCUAGAAAUGUGUAUGAGCGUGCAGUCGAGAAGCUGGCCGAGGAUGAGGAAGCAGAGAACUUGUUUGUGGCAUUUGCCGAGUUUGAAGAGAGGUGCAAGGAAACUGAACGUGCUCGGUGUAUAUACAAGUUUGCACUGGAUCAUAUCCCCAAGGGAAGUGCCGAGGAUCUGUAUAGGAAGUUUGUUGCUUUUGAGAAGCAGUAUGGAGAUAAGGAGGGGAUAGAGGAUGCGAUAGUCAGUAAAAGGAGAUUCCAGUAUGAAGAUGAAGUGAGGAAAAACCCGCUCAAUUAUGAUGCUUGGUUUGAUUAUGUUCGGCUGGAAGAAAGCGUAGGGGACAAGAAUAGAGUUAGAGAGGUUUAUGAACGUGCCAUUGCUAAUGAGCCUCCUGCUCCGGAAAAGAGAUACUGGCAGCGAUACAUUUAUUUGUGGAUAAACUAUGCCCUGUAUGAAGAGCUGGAUGCUGAAGAUGCUGAGCGAACAAGGGCGGUCUACAGAAUUUGUGUAAAGAUUGUUCUGGGACUUGUUUCUACUCGUAUACUUAUUUUGACAUGCGUGAACCAGCAUGGUUUUCAGUUGAAGCUGAACCAACCUCGAGUGGCUUUCUAUUCUAACACUGGUUGCGGUGGUUCUAGGUUAUGUUUGCAGCAAAUUCCCCACGAUAAGUUCUCAUUUGCUAAAAUUUGGCUUCUAGCUGCACAGUUUGAGAUCCGUCAUCUAAAUCUGAAGGGUGCUAGACAGAUUUUAGGCAAUGCAAUUGGAAAGGCUCCAAAGGACAAGAUAUUCAAGAAAUAUAUCGAAAUAGAGUUGCAACUUGGUAAUAUGGACCGUUGCCGCAAACUUUAUGAGAAGUACCUGGAGUGGUCCCCUCAAAAUUGCUAUGCCUGGAGUAAGUUUGCCGAGCUGGAGAGAUCCCUUGGUGAAACUGAGAGAGCAAGAGCAAUUUUUGAGCUCGCCAUUGCUCAGCCAGCCUUGGAUAUGCCUGAGCUUCUUUGGAAGGCAUAUGUUGAUUUUGAAAUCUCUGAGAAGCAAAUCGAUAGAACAAGACAACUUUAUGAGAGGCUGUUGGAUCGGACCAAGCACUUGAAAGUCUGGAUUAGCUAUGCGAAGUUUGAAGCUUCCGCCAUGGGGAAUGAUGAUGAUAAUGAUGAUGAUGAUUCGGAGGAAGUUACAAUUUCUGAGGACCAGAAGAAAUUGUGUAUUCAAAACGCAAGAAGUGUCUUUGAGAAAGCUCUUAACUACUUCAGAACUUCUGCUCCCGAGCUGAAAGAGGAGCGGGCGAUGCUUUUAGAAGAAUGGCUAAACAUGGAGAGCAACUUUGGCGAGCUUGGCAAUGUCGCUUUGGUCCAGCCUAAGCUACCCAAGAAGUUAAAGAGGAGGCGGCCUAUCAAUUCAGAAGAUGGUCUCUCUGGGAUGGAAGACUACGUCGACUAUGUCUUUCCGGAGGAGAAUAAUGCUCCAAACCUAAAGAUCUUGGAAGCGGCUUACAAGUGGAAGAAGCAAAGGCUUUCUUCCUCGGACGAAUAGCCCAAAAUCUUCCUGUUGUUUUGAGUUCAUUCACUAUGUCUUCCCGGAGGAGAAUAAUGCUCCAAACCUCGAGAUCUUGGAAGCGGCUUACAAGUGGAAGAAGCAAAGGCUUUCUUUCUCGGACGAAUAGCCCAAAAUCUUCCUGUUGUUUUGAGUUCAUUCACUUUGGUUAUGUACAGAUCCCUGGGGUGUUUAUGGUGCUUUGGAGCAAAAAGAUUCCAUGUCCACUGGACCUUAGAAUGCCUGUUUUAACUUGGAAAAUUUGAGUGUACUAGUUUUGCCAUGGAGGAAAGUAGGGAAGAAGAACCGAAUCUGUAUGGAUUCUGUAAUUCUAAGCCCAAGAAUCGAUUACUUGUACACUAACUUCUGUACUUUUACUGGGAAAACCGUUUGAUGGAGAAAUUAUAGAUGAGUAGCACGAGGUUUUGUUAGUAGUUUUUAGUAAUUAACUGAUAAUAAGUCAUUAUAAUCAAUGUCAUAUUUGGUAUUUUGCCC